AUGACAAGACUAAUUGCUAGCUGUAAGAAAUUAGAGAUGGAGAACAGCUGCCAGCUGCAAAUGGAAAAUCGGAAAGAGAGUAGUUGUGAAGAGAAGAAAGGAAGACUUGAAGGGUUACCAGUGGAGAGCAGUCCCUACUUGAAGUACAAAGAUUUGGAGGACUACAAGCUCAAAGCCUAUGGCACUGAAGGACACCAAGAAGUAAAGCCUGAUCAAGGUGGAGGUGGCACUGAUGCUCCCACACUUUCUGGGAAUGGCCUCUCUCGAGGCAAAGCAGCCAUCAUUGAUGGAGCCGAUCGUCUUGGCAUUCCAUGA